AUGGAAUCUGAGGGAGUGUCACUACCAUUGAUACACGAGCAUCUUAUGGUGCCUUGGAAUGAAAUGCGAAGAGGUGAUUGCUGUGGACGCUUCGAAUCUAUCACUGAUGGCUACUAUUGCAAAAUCUGCGAUUUUUUCGUCCACAAGAUAUGCGGCGAGUCCUCUGAAUAUAUGGAACACCCACUUCACUCAGGUCACACUCUUCGGCUUCAGAGUGACCCACAAGAUAAAAGAUGCAAGAAAUGUGGAAGGGAUAUCGUGAACCUAUUAUAUCGUUGUAACAUCUGUGACUUCGACCUCGAUCUACACUGUGCCAAUUACCCACCACCAAGGCUUAUUGACAAUUUGGAGCCGCAUGGCCACGAGCUCAUCUUUUUCCAAGACCGGGUCAAGUUCGAUCGUGAUGGCAAAUGUGAAGGAUUUCCUUACAAAUGUAUUUUGUGUAACUUAGCCUUCCGUUCUUUACUGAAUCCGUCGGACGUUGAACACCCGUCAGAGGUUAACCACCCUUACCAUUCUUUACACCCUCUUAAGCUCCUCACUGGUCGAUUCCGGACUAUUCUGAUAGUAGAUGUCGUCUUUGCGGAAGACGGAUAUAUGAUAAGCUGUUUUAUCAUUGCUCUUCUUGCAACUUCAGCUUGGAUAUGUGUUGUGUGUUGA